UUUAUUGCAUGAAUUGUUUUAUCAGGACACGUGAAAAAAGAAAGUUUUUAAAAAGAGGGUUAAUAUGACAAUAAUAGGGGGUCGUCUCUGUUUGGAAAUGCUAAAGAUCUGAUUGGUAACAGAGUUUGGAUGUUUUAUAGUCCAGUACUGAUGUUGUUUCAUUUCAUGUUCAUUUUGUUGUACCCGUAGCUAGUUAUUGUUUAUUUGAACGUGUCUUAGUCACUCAGAAUGACUCGCGUACUGUACAACAUAAACACUGCACUAAACCUGCUCCCUGCUAUUAGAUGGAAACACACACACACACACACACACUAGGUAUCUCUCUCUCUCUCUCUCUGUACUUACCUUUCUGAGAGAAUAUGAAAACAAUGGUCAAAAACAAUAUUUCAGCCCAUCCUAUUUUUCACUACAGGAAAGCUAGAGAAUUAGUCUGACCAAACAGAACUUGCAAAAACAGAAAAAGAGAACACUUCACAUAUCAUCAAUAAUAUCAAUUAACAGUUGCCCUUCUGUGUUUUAUAAAUGGUAGUUUAUUUUAACAUGUGUUUCAUAAAAACCAUGUGUCUUUAUUUCCCUAAAUACAUUUCAUUCUGAUAUUUUCUUAUUGUAAAAGGGCAGAUUUAUUUAUCAAUUAAAUAUAUUCAACAAAUAGAAAUGUAUAAAUAAGCCUGAAGGUUCAUUACUAAUCUUUAAAAUAACAGUUGUCAUGUAUGACCACCUGUUUAUGUGAAAGAAAUGCCUUUAUUGGGUCUCAACAACUGAACAAUCUCCAUGAGGACCGAGAGAACUCCACCCGCUAAUGAAGGCCAUAUAAGCUGUGGAAAAUGUGCAGUAAAUGGACCGUUUCCCAAGAAUGACUCAUAAUUGAUUAUUGACUAACGAUAUGACACAUAAAGAACGCAUAAAGUGCCAGGGAGACGUUCGCGUAAUUUCUGAUAAAAUAGACAAUAUAUAUUUAAAACAAUAAAUCCUGAUUGGACAUUCAUUAUGAAUUAAUUAUACUUGACAUUUCACAAUUUGUUUUAAAUUUACUUUAUUUAACAUUUUAUAUUUUCUUUGGAGAAAAAAGUUCAAGACAUUUGUUUUACUUUCCACAUAGAAAUCCACCAAAGCAGAAAUAAAAGCUGUUUAACACCGUGAGGAACGCCACCGUUCCUGAUGAUUGACAGUGAGUUACAGCCAAUCCAGCGCCUGUCCGUGAUUUGCGCGAGCCAAUGAGCGUCUAGUAUUCAAUGUUUGCGGAAGUUGUGGCGCCGUUGCCCGCGCGCGCUGCUACUUCGGACGACGCGUUUAGCUGAACAUUUCACUAAAAACGAACAACAUACCUUUCAAGGGAUGACAUUUGUUGACCUGAAUACAUUUUACACCGAGAACAAUUCAAACAUCAAUUUUGUUCUGACAUUGUUAUAAACGCGGAGCCCACGUGGGCCACUGCUGGUGUGUUGACACGUUACAUCCCGUCUUUAAUCAACCGGGGUCACGUGUCAGCUAACGCGCUGUCGUUGCCCAGAUGAGUUACGAACUGGAGGCUGACAUGAGCCCAUCGAAGCGGCUCCGCGACGCAGAAAAUGAAGCAGAAGCAGCGACCGGAAGUCAGGAGGGGGAGAGGGGAGCGGUGGACGUGAGUGUUGCCAUGCCGAUGUACAACGCCUCCACUUGGCUGGAUGAAGGCCUGCAGGCCAUCUUACACCAAGACUUCUCGGGAACCAUGGAGCUCUCCGUCUUUGACGAUGCAAGCACUGAUGACUCCAGGAAAGUGGUGGAGGGUUGGAGGGAGCGACUGGAGGCGAGGGGCAUCUCCGUGGUGAUCUCCGGCCACAACUCGGCCCAACCCAGAGGAGUGGGAUAUGCAAAGAAUAAGGCAAUAACUCAGAGCUGUGGACAAUAUUUGUGCUUUCAGGAUGCGGAUGACGUCAUGUUGCCCCAGAGAGUUCGCCUGCAGUACGAAGCGUCUUCCCUCCACCCAGACACUCUGAUUGGCUGUAAAGUUCAGAGGGUUCCGGAGGGAUCGACGGAGCGCUACACUCGCUGGAUCAACACCAUCACUCAGGAUCAGCUCCUCACGCAGGUGUACACGUCUCACGGGCCCACAGUCGUCAUGCCGACAUGGUUCUGCUCGAGGAACUGGUACCUGACGGUUGGACCGUUCGACGAGGGAGGCAAGGGAGUCCCAGAGGACUUGCUCUUCUUCUACCAGAGUCUUCGUCGGGGAGGGGGCGUGGCCAGGGUCGAUCAGAGCCUGCUGGUGUACCGUUACCAUGAGAAAGCCACCACGCACUCUGUUACUGAGGAAACCAUUUGGAAGCUGCGAGUGGACUUCUUGCAGGAGCGAGUUCUCAGCCAAUGGGAGAGCUUCACCAUAUGGAACGCCGGGAAGCAGGGCCGGAAGCUGUACCGAAGCCUGAGCUCGACCAAUCAGGAGAAGGUGAAAGCUUUCUGUGACGUCGACGACAACAAGAUCCAGAAAGGCUUUUACACAUAUGAGGACUCCAAGCAAAGGCCGAAGCCCAAAAUCCCCGUUCUGCACUACAAAGACGCCGCCGCGCCCUUCAUCGUGUGUGUUAAACUGGACAUGACAGAAGGCGUUCUGGAGGAGAACCUCAACUCCUUGCUGCUGAAGGAAGGAACAGAUUUCUACCAUUUCAACUGACGGCUCAGAGACACGGAGGCAACGAGAGGAGCCCUGCGGCUUUAAGGGGCUGAGAGGAAUGCUCACCAACUGAGGAAGAGGCAGGUGAUGAUGAAGAGUGAGCUGAACACUGGGACACGGUCAACAACACCAAGACCAGGGAAAAAGAACUCAUAUGGAUCUAGAGUGUUAAAAGAUGCAUCUUGUGUGGGGAAAAUGAAAGUUCUCAAAGUUGCAAGAUCUGCUGCAUUAACAUAGUUUUUUAUGGCGGGUGUGGCUUAUUGAUGAUGGAUGUGAAAUAAUACAUCAUUAAUGAGAAAAAAAUAACAAUUACAUUCUCCAAAAUGUGAACCCAGCAGAUUAGAGUUGCUGUCGGGCAUAUGUGAAACGCUGUCCAGUACGAGGGACAGCUGCGUAACUUCAUUGAUUACAUAUUAAUUUUUCUUGCUAUGUUUCAUGUUAUUUGCUGCGACGGAAACGUCGACAAUUCCUGAGAGCAGCCUCUCUAAUCAUGAAAGUAGAAAACAAUUAUACAUCAAAUGAAAUGAAAUGUCCACAUGUGUGCCGGUCUCUAAAUCUAAGAAAAUAAUUAAUUCGGG